CGCUUUCUGUACUGGCGAGUGUACUGACCAGUAGGUUUACUGUGUAGCUCGUUACAAUGUCUGGACGUGGCAAGCAGGGUGGCAAGGCUCGUGCCAAGGCCAAGACGCGGUCUUCCCGCGCCGGGCUGCAGUUCCCGGUGGGUCGCGUGCACCGCCUGCUCCGCAAGGGCAACUAUGCCGAGCGCGUGGGCGCCGGCGCCCCUGUCUACCUGGCGGCCGUGCUGGAGUACCUGACGGCCGAGAUUCUGGAGCUGGCGGGCAACGCGGCGCGCGACAACAAGAAGACGCGCAUCAUCCCGCGCCACCUGCAGCUGGCCAUCCGCAACGACGAGGAGCUCAACAAGCUGCUGGGCAAGGUGACGAUCGCUCAGGGCGGCGUGCUGCCCAACAUCCAGGCCGUGCUGCUGCCCAAGAAGACCGAGAGCCAUCACAAGGCCAAGGGCAAGUGAAGCCUGGACAAAUUGUCGACCCAAAUUUCAGUUCAACCCAAAGGCUCUUUUCAGAGCCAACGA